AUGCUUAUUUUUGCCUUACAGUCCGACAAAAACCAGCACUUUGUCCUUAUGUCUUAUGUAUGCGGAAGUUCGGUACAUUUAGUUAGUCAGAUGAGCGAUGUUGAAAUCGUGGAUAUGUUCAUCGAUAAACUCCGAGAAAUGUUCCCCACGGAAAAUGUACCAAACGCUACGGGAUAUGUAGUGACACAUUGGGGUAGCGAUCCUUUUAUUGGAAUGUCAUAUUCUUAUGUUCGAGUUGGUGGAAGUGGUGAAGAUUAUGACGUUAUGGCUGCUGAUGUCGAAGAAAAAGUAUUUUUUGCUGGAGAGGGUACCAAUCGUUUUUUUCCUCAGACAAUGACAGGCGCGUAUAUCAGUGGUUUGCGUGAAGCUGGCAAAAUCUUCGAGUCUUGGUCGGACUGGCGGCCAUGA